GCGACGAGCGCUGUGGCGGCGACUGGGGCGGCAGAGGAAGGCGGCGGCGGCGGCGGCGGCGGCGGCGGCUCGGUCCGGAGUCCCGCUCCGCUCCCCGCGCCAUUUCGGUCCCGGAGCGAGCGCGGCACGGGCCUGAAGGCGGCGGCGGCGGCGGGAGCCUGAGGCGCGGAGGCUCCGCGGCGCGGAGAGAGAGGCCUGCUGAAAAUGACUGAGUAUAAACUCGUGGUAGUUGGAGCUGGUGGCGUAGGCAAGAGUGCCUUGACGAUACAGCUAAUUCAGAAUCACUUUGUGGACGAGUAUGACCCUACCAUAGAGGAUUCCUACAGGAAACAAGUAGUAAUUGAUGGAGAAACCUGUCUCUUGGAUAUUCUCGACACAGCAGGUCAAGAGGAGUACAGUGCAAUGAGGGACCAGUACAUGAGGACUGGGGAGGGCUUUCUUUGUGUAUUUGCCAUAAAUAAUACUAAAUCAUUUGAAGAUAUUCACCAUUAUAGAGAACAAAUUAAAAGAGUAAAAGACUCUGAAGAUGUGCCUAUGGUCCUAGUAGGGAAUAAAUGUGAUUUGCCUUCUAGAACAGUAGACACAAAACAGGCUCAUGACUUAGCAAGAAGUUAUGGGAUCCCAUUCAUCGAAACCUCAGCAAAGACAAGACAGAGAGUGGAGGAUGCUUUUUAUACAUUGGUGAGAGAGAUCCGACAGUACAGAUUGAAAAAAAUCAGCAAAGAAGAAAAGACUCCUGGCUGUGUGAAAAUUAAAAAAUGCAUUAUAAUGUAACCUGGGUGUUGAUGAUGCCUUCUACACAUUAGUCCGAGAAAUUCGAAGACAUAAAGAAAAGAUGAGCAAAGAUGGUAAAAAGAAGAAAAAGAAGUCAAAGACAAAGUGUAUAAUUAUGUAAAUACAAUUUGUACUGUUUUCUUAAGGCAUACUUAAGUAAAGGUGGUAAUUUUUGUACAUUACACUAAAUUAUUAGCAUUUGUUUUAGCAUUACCUAAUUCUUUUUUUCCCCUGUUCGUGCAAACUGUCAGCUUUUAUCUUAAAUGCUUAUUUUAAAAUGACGGUGGAAACCUCUUUAUUCCAAGUGCCAGUAUUCCCUGGGUUUUGAACUUAAACUAGCAAUGCCUGUGGAAGAGAUAAAGACCUGAGACUCUGUCUUGGGUUCUGGUGCGUGCCCUUGAUUCCUUGCUGCUUUUACCAGCUGUGAGCAUUGGCGUGAACCAGAGUAAUGAAGCUUUUGAGCCAUCCCUGCUCUGUGUUUCAUCUAGUCACAGAAUGAAUUCCUUAGUAAUUACAGCUUCAUCUGAGACCAUAUGAUUGGUUCUGCUAAGACUGAGGGAUCACAGAUUUAUGGGCUUCCCUUUGAUUCACUUCUAGCAUGUCCAGAGUCUAUCAUGCUUCGUAAGUGUAGUUAGUUAGACUGUUCACAAAGGCUUUCUCUUGCUUUCUACUGCUAUUAGUCAUGGUCAUGCCCCAAAAUAGUAUAUUUUUUCUAGAAAAGGGGGAAAAUGGGAAAAAAAAGGCAAUGGAAAAUAGUGAAUAAAAAUCCAUUCCAUAUUA